GUCAAGACUGAUUAUCGUCGAUAAAAUCUCAGAGGUGUCACGGUGGCGAAAUUGGCUAACGCGCCCAGCUGUGUUGGAAACAAAUGGAGAGGGGAGAAUCACGUGACACAACGAAACAACGUGCAAGCGAAGAGAAACAUUUGCAGUGUUACCACUUCUAAUUCUCUGUACUUAUUAUAUUAUUUUUGAUAAUCUCGGAGUAAUCGAACGAUUUAUUGAAGAAUUCUUGGAAAAUGGAGUCGUCCAGCAAAGCUGAGUCCACAGCCCCCAAACAGGCAAUGGUUUACAUCUGUGGAGAGUGCCACCACGACAACGAAAUUCGUCCCAGAGAUCCCAUCCGUUGCAGAGAGUGCGGUUACAGGAUCAUGUACAAAAAACGCACAAAGCGUCUGGUUGUUUUCGAUGCUCGUUAAGGUCUAGAUCAUCUCCAUCGACUCCUGGUCUAACGAUUCACUAAACCAAGAAUAAUGUAAGGAUUACGAGAUAAGUUGUAAAAUAUUUGCCUUUUUAAUAAAAAUAAUCUAAAGAAUAAUUUUUUUCUUCCACUCGCGUUAAAUCAGUAAAUGAUGAAUUCAUGAAUUUUAUUAAUGGCGCAAAUUAAUUUUUGUUUUUAAAGUUAAAGUUGAAUAAUUCCAAAACUCUGGGUAUUUAUUGAGAGGGACACUCAGGAGAAUGCGUAUUUAAUUCAUUAGGCAAUGUAUCUUUUAUUUACAAUAAAUAAAUUACAUUCUCGUUAGUAA